GCGGCUCCGGGCGGCGCGGGCGGCGCGGGCGGCAUGGAGGGGCCGCCGGCCGCCGCCGAAGUGUCCCUGCACAACUUCAGCGCGAGGCUGUGGGAGCAGCUCGUCCACUUCCACGUCAUGCGGCUGACGGACUCGCUGUUCCUGUGGGUGGGCGCCGCGCCCCACUUGCGCAACCUCGCCGUGGCCAUGUGCAGCCGCUUUGACUCCAUCCCUGUGUCCACGUCACUCCUUGGAGAUGCUUCUGACACCACCUCCGCCGGCCUCGCCCAGCGCCUAGGUGCAGGAGAUGAUGCUACUAGGAAACAUGAACUUUGCCUUCUGUCUUGGGCGCUAACAGUUGGAGCAUUGACGGGUUACUAUUGACAUCUGGAAACGAACAAAACAAAGACGUGUCCAGCUCUGUCUCGGGUUCACGUGAGUGCAUAACUUCUAUAGGAAGGGGAUCGCAGCUCCCCGACAGGCUGGCAGGGGCUGUGGCGGGAGCACAGCGGGGAGUCCGUACCUCCCCAUGUCCCCUGGGGUGGGGUAGGGGCCUGAGAAGUGUCCUCACCGAGGACGACACAGGACCGAGGAGCUCAAGUGCGGCAGAUGUGCCCGCGGGUGGGGGUGGGGUGCUGGAGCCAGGUGCGCCCGGCGUGCGUCGGGCCUGGGUGCACCUGCUGCCUCCUGGGGCUCUGCCCACGGUGGGGCUGUCACACUUUGGUUGCAUAUGGUAAAGGUGUUACUCAAGAGCUUCAGGUGUGCCCCCAAGCUGCGGCAGCAGUGGAAUGGGAGCUUGGCCGCAGCCCAGGGCUGCCCUGGAGCGGACCUCUGGGGCCCUCCAGCACAGCAGCCCCCUCCGCUCCGCCAGGCUUUGUUGCCGAGAGCCAAGUUCCCCAGCCCCAGCCGGCCCUGUCCUGGAGGCUGAUCGAUUUGCACGGUCGUUGUUGGGCCAGUGUUCUUGUCAGGGUGAGAUGAGAAGCAUAUAGAUGCCACACCUUGUCCUCGCCUUCCUGGGGACUGCUGGCACCACGACCACUCCCACGCCUUUCUUAAAGGCCCUGUGACCAGGGUGAGGCUGCUCGUGACUUCUGUGACGUAGCGCUUCUGUAGUAUUGCAGGGUGUCCUCAGAGGACAGUGAGUGCAGGUGCACACCUGUCCAGGUGUAGGCCCAGCAGCACCUUGGCUCCUGGCCUGGCCACUGCGUCUGUCCUGUCCUUAGAGGUUUGCUGCCAGGUGACGACGUAGCACGUACCCUAAAAAAGGUAAAGAUCUCCUAGGUUUGGCACGUGAAGGCUGUGCAGGUCUAAAGGUGAAUGAGGACAUCGAAACGUGGAACACAAGCGACUUAGGGGAGGAGACUCGGGGAGGUGAAGGUGAGCUGGACCUGGAACAGGGAGUGGGCGACUGGCCAGGCACUCGCGGGCCUCUGCAGCCCCCGGCACUGCCUGACCGCAUGGCCAUGUGCUGGCAGCACAAGGCUGCACGGCCCCUCACCCACUCGGUGUCUUCCGAGGCGGAAGAUUCCUGCUGCUGGAUUUACCAGACGUGACGGAGAGGUGGGCACGUGGCAAGCUACAAGGAGAGAAAGCCAACCCCUCGCUGGCCCUCAGAGCGCCAGCAGCCCUCGGCUGGAAGCCGCAUGAAGGCCUGCAGAGGCCGGAGCCCACGCCUUCCUGGCAGAGCACGGCCCCUGCAAAGAAGUGCCUUGCGCAGGGACGAGGUGGAUGGCUCUGGGCAGAAGGCAGGCUGUCCGGAAGAGCUGGUGCCUGAGACUCUGCGGGUGCAGCCUGGGCCCGGGAGGCGGGGCUGGCAGAGGCCUGGGCGUCCACGUCUCCUCCCGAGGCGCCAAGAGGGGCCUGUCACUUCGCUGUCCGGGACGAAACGAGGACCCCAUGUAGCCCCUGCGAGCAGGGCUGGGCUGGGCGAGUUAUUGCUUUCUCCAGAGUCCUCUUGCUGCUCCCGAGAGGCCAGGGGUCACCAGGACUCGCGCCUGCUGAGCCCCCAGCUGUGCUAAGCAAGUGAAAAGCAGCAACGGACGAGGGCAGGCGCGCCAGGGAGCCCCUGGUGCAGGUGCUGCGGGCCCCGGCGCGAGGUCGGCGCGUGCCAGCAUCCAGACCGGAUCGCUGUGGUGUGUGCUGGCUCCGGGAGGCUGCCCUCCCUGCUGUGCUCGGCUGUGGUUGCCUUUUCCAGUUAGUUUCCUGUUGUUUGGUUCAGAAAGGAGCCACAUCUUCAAGUAGUGCUGACAAGACAGACGUGACGGCGAAGAAGGGCACUUCUCUCCUGGGCUCACUGACGCUGGGAGGGAGUUUUACAAAAACGAAUGCGGCGCAGACCUCCGUGGGGCUGCCUUUGGGGUCCUCAGCCAAGCAGCCCUGGCGCCACCAGUUAGCGGUUUCUGGUGAGAUGUCUGAUCGUCUCCCAGAGAGCUUCCGGCUCAACUACAAGAGGGGGUGCGCCGGGGAGAGAUGGAGCUGCUUCCCCAGGCAGGGGCGACGGAAACUCCGGCCUCAGCGGACAGCUGCAGCCGCCACGGAGCCCUGACUCGGGUACAGGUCGCUCUGAAUUGCAGUCCUGGAAACACUCCACGGGAGGGUCACGACUGUCCACGGGCGGGCGAGAAGCCGGAGGGGAGCGGCCGCUGCGUUGGUCACUCAGCACUGUGUGCCUUGGAGUGGCCAGAGGUGGGGAGGAGGGUCCGGGUUUCUGAUCAGAGAAAGAAUAAAGUGCUUCUUCGUAAAAAUGACCAAAAUAAAUACAAACGUUUA